CGUAUACGUGUUGUGAGGGUUUGCCUGUUACCUUGUUGUUAUUGUCAUUCAAUUCUAAGACUAUACCUUGGCAUAUAGCUACAGCUUUACUGUUUACAAUUCAUCGCCCAAUAGAGUGAGCUAGGGUUUGUCUUGGGUCGUGCCAUUACGUUGUAUUCUGGUCACCGCACAAACAAUUCAACAACACCGCAAAAAUUGACAUUGUGAACAACUUCUUUCGUAUUGGGAAUACUUUAUCUAGUCGAGAAGAUGUUGGACAUUCUACGGGCUGUAAAAUCCUUUUUACAGCCUAACACAACGCACUCUAAAAUGCCAUCAAUGUACCAUGAACAUUGCACUAAACCAGGCCCAAAAAGCAAUGAAUAUGUCCCGCCACCCGAAGCAAGAAUAUUCAAAUCAAGAAGUGCUCCAAACUCGCCUUGUUUUGAAAGAAAGCCGUUAUUUCCUCGCUCACCACGUCUUUCAAGGUCCCCAAAGCUCACACGAAGCUCAACGCUACAAGCAACUUGUAAAAGACAAUCCGAAAAACUCCGAGAGAAUAAAAUUCCACGGAAUCACGUCCAUUCGGCGACUAAUCAUCGGGUUGGCCGAAGCAAGUCUUUUAGCUCAAAAACUGAACAGAAGAAUUCUUUGGGAAAAGUUUGGCACCCCUCGUGUCUGAGAUGCGAAGAAUGUGGAAAAAGACUCAACCCUGGUCAACAUUCUGAGCAUAGAGGAAUACCCUACUGCAACAUUCCUUGCUACAGUUUCUUGUUUGGUCCUGGUGGAUAUGGUCAUGGAGGAACAGAAUCACACAAAUAUUAUGAUGAAGAAAAGUUUCCCAGAGCUGGUUUAGAAGCUAUAAGAAAUGACAUUUUCCCCAGGUUAAGAGCUUAUAACACAUACUUUGAAAACAGAAAGGCAUUACAAUUGUCAUGCCGAGAGAAAGAGGUUGUAUCUUAUCCAGAUCCUAUAAACUUCAAUGGUAAUCGAUGGCUAAAUGAACUGUAUUCUUCUUCACAAGAUUUUCCACAAUCAAAGACCACAUUCACUCCUCCAUAUGGUACCUCAACAAACUUAAGAUUAACAAGUAAAACCAAAGUUCCUGAAGUUAUCAAGCUGCUAUUUGCUAAGUUCCAGAUUACUAAUAAUCCAAAAAAGUUUAAUCUUUAUGCUGUUUAUGACAAUGGAUCAACAAGAAAUCUUGAAGAAAAUGAGAGUCCAUUACAAUGUCGUCUUAUGUUAGGACCCAGUGAGUAUGCAGCAAAAUUAUAUAUCAUGGAAGCAAGUGAUUCAAACAACGUCUCUCCAGAGGUUGCACAGUACCUUCACUUUGCUGAUCCUGUUCUGUAUGUCUUCCUGACGAAAUUUAAAGAGGAAGAAGAGAGAGAAGUGCUUAGAAUCAAAGAAUGGUAUUCACAAUACAAAAAGAAAUUACAGGAAUUAUUAUCCGAAAUAUCCACUGCAGUAUAAGUGGAUAAAUGCAUGUACAUUAUUAAUUAUUAUCAUUAAUUAAUAUUAAUACAUAAGAAUAUUAUUUUAUUAAGUAAUGAUGAAAAUAAUAUGGUUUUUACGCACCAGUGAAAAUAUAAAGUUUUUACUUUCUCUGUAUUUUAUACCUGCUGUCGAGUCACUUUAGAGUGAACUAUUUAAAGUUGAGUGUGAGGUAUAUUCAGUUGAGGUAUAUGUGUGUACAGCUUCAAAAACAAUCAAGUCCAAUUUUUAAUAGGGCCCUUAGUCAAGCUUCCUGUUCUGGAUUUGUUAGAGUGCACGCACUAAAACCGUGAACAUUAAAUAGUACUAAUUAGUAGUAAUUAGUACUAUUUCAUACAGAAUCCUUUGUUUUCUAGAGUGACCACAGUAAAUCCGUGAAACACUAAUUACUA